AUGAGAUAUAGAGUAGUGUUGUUGCUAUGGAUGACGUGUUGCCUAUUUGGUAUAGGUGUACUGCGUGCAGAGUUGUCUGGACCCAACGUCUGUACUCAAGUGGAAAGGAUAAUAUAUCAUGUAGCCUCCAAGCAUGAGCUGAGGGAAAUCACAGUAGUUCAUAAAUUUUGCUGUGAGGGUUAUGAAAAAUCUGGAGACAGCUGCGUUCGCUACAUUGGAAAUUUUUGUGAAGAGGAAUGCCCUUCUGGGACUUACGGCCAAAACUGCUCAGAGACUUGUUUGUGUGAACAUGGCUCUUGCGAUGAUGUCAGUGGUCAAUGCGAAUGUUUUCCUGGCUAUACUGGAAUAUUCUGCAAUGUUUCAUGUCCGCAGAACAUGUACGUUGUCUACCGAUGCAACUGUAGUAAUGAUGCAACCUGUGAUCCGGUAAACGGGAUGUGCAUUUGUGGACCUGGAUAUGUAGGACCUCAGUGUGAAGAAGUUUGUCCACCUGGAUCGUAUGGGGCAGACUGUGCUAAGAAAUGCUUAUGUCAGAAUGAUGCUGAUUGUUUGCACACAGACGGAACGUGUGUUUGUCCUCCCGGUGUGAAAACAUCUGCAAGUUUGGAACGUAUGGCGAAAAUUGCACCAAGGAAUGUCAAUGCCAAAAUGGCGCUUAUUGCUCGCCUCAAACAGGCCAAUGCUUUUGUUCUCCAGGUUUUUUUGGAGAUUUUUGCGAAGAUUCAUGUCCACCAGGCUUUUUUGGACCGAAAUGCAUUACCCCUUGCGCUUGCAAGCAUUACUCCAGCUGUGACGCUGGAACUGGGGAGUGUAAAUGCCUUCCUGGUUACACAGGACCCCAUUGCGAUAGACUCUGCGCUAGUAUGUCUUAUGGAUUAG